AUGCAGCUGGAGCCACGACCAAAUCAAAGCAUGGGAAAUGCAAAUGAAGGUGUCGAGAAAUCGAACGGCACAGACCAGAACGUCGACGAACAUAGGGCAAAGCGCGCUCUUUGUCGAAUUCUCUAUAUGAAAGGAUGGUCGCCUGCCAAGAUCAUACAGGACACCGGCAUGGCCGACGGUACGGUCCGUCGCGCGUUGAAGAACACGCUCGAAACAACUCGCUCGAAGGAGCCAUGGCUUCAGCACGACCGCGACGAUAUUACCCAGGACGAAACCUUCGUCGACAAGAAUCUUCUGGCGGAUUUACUUGCCGAGUAUGGUACCUUCGAAAGUCACGAUGGUGAUGAGUCGGAGCUCGAUGAACUCGAAUCGGACACUCCUAACCCUGUCGUCAUCAUCUCGCCGAAGCCAUCAUCGAAAGCACAUAACUCCCCAACCAACAAAUUAUCCGCAUCUGAUCGAGCGUUGUGCCGUAUACUCCGCAAAGAUUAUGGUUGGUCGUUCAACCGGAUGGCAACAGCAUUCGGGAUGCCUCGACCAGGGGGUCCUUCGCCAGUGUGUCAAGCGGUCAAUCAACCGGGCUCAGACGAUGUAUUGAAGGACCACGAGAUAGUCGACAAAGUAAAGCUCGCCAAGCUCAUUGCAAACCAAGUCUCCCACUCAGCAGUGGGGAAAGAAAAGCAACAUGUACCUUCGACUCCCAACCAAUCGUAUCUAAAUUCUUCGCGGUUCAAGCCAUACAACACUUCCAACAGAAAAAAUCCUAGUCGGGCCGCGGAGUACCGAACGGUGUCCAGCAUUCCCAUUGCUCCAGCCAAGGCAAAUUUAUUCUCGCCCAGUCCUCUUCAAAUCUCCGCGCAUCGGAAAAAUUAUGCAGAUAGCUGCCGUCCAGAAUCCAAUAACGCUCAUCAUCUGCUCGCAGAAUUCCUCGCAAACAUCCGGCCUGAGAUCAAUCUGUCCUCCCGCCACGGCUUGUUUAUCCAUCGGGGUAUCGACACGGUUAGCAAACUGCGUGCAUUGAAGACCUGGGAGGAUGCUGAUUUGCGUGAAGCACUCGGGGAGUGGUUCAAAACUGGGGAAGGGUUGGCAGGAUUCGUCCCGCUCAGUGACUACGAACUGGUCGCGCUUCGACAGGCAAUCCGGAAGCUGUAG